AAGAAUUCGUACAUAUAUAUCUAAAAUUUUAGUUUAUUAAAUACUACAUGUUAUGUAUAUAACUGAAUGAAAUUCCUAGGUACCAUCGCCGCAUGCUAAACAAGUUGUUAGCAUGGCAACACAUUAUUUGUCACCAUCAAUAUUAUGCAUUAUUUUGACCACUCUUGUCUCCAUCGCCGGAGCAAAAAUCCCGGCGAUUAUAGUCUUCGGUGACUCUUCCGUAGAUUCCGGCAAUAAUAACUUCAUAUCAACAAUGGCCAGAGCCAAUUUUGAGCCUUACGGUCGUGACUUCCCUGGUGGUCGCGCCACCGGACGCUUUUGUAACGGCCGUCUCUCCUCCGAUUUCACUUCCGAGGCUUAUGGCCUUAAACCGACCGUGCCAGCCUACCUAGAUCCGUCCUAUAAUAUAUCUGAUUUUGCUACCGGAGUUUGUUUUGCCUCCGCCGGCACCGGUUAUGAUAAUUCCACAGCCGAUGUGCUUGGCGUGAUUCCGUUAUGGAAAGAGGUCGAGUACUUCAAGGAAUACCAAAGCAACCUUUCCGCCUAUCUCGGCCAUCGGAGAGCUGCCAAAAUCAUCAGAGAAUCUCUGUACAUAGUAAGCAUAGGCACCAACGAUUUCCUUGAGAACUACUACACAUUACCGGACAGGAGAUCUCAAUUCAGCAUCAGUCAGUACCAAGACUUCCUGGUCGAGAUUGCUGAGGUGUUCUUAAAGGACAUUUACAGACUUGGAGCUCGGAAAAUGUCUUUCACUGGAAUCUCACCUAUGGGGUGUCUACCGCUGGAGAGAGUGACAAAUCUUGACGACCCUUUUAGCUGUGCUCGGAGUUAUAAUGAUUUGGCUGUAGAUUUCAAUGGGAGAUUGAGAAGAUUGGUGACAAAACUGAAUAGAGAGCUUACUGGAAUAAAGAUUUAUUUCGCUAAUCCUUACGAUAUCAUGUGGGAUAUUGUUACCAAACCUAAUCUUUACGGUCUAGAGAUAUCAAGUUCUGCCUGUUGCGGUACUGGAUUGUUCGAGAUGGGAUUUCUUUGCGGCCAGGACAAUCCGUUAACUUGCAGUGAUGCCAAUAAGUUCGUUUUCUGGGACGCAUUUCACCCGACCGAGAGGACUAAUCAGAUUGUGUCUGAUCACUUCUUCAAGCAUCUCAAGAAUCUGUUUCAUUGAUCCUAAAUUCCUAUAUAGUUUCUUUAUCAGUACAUUUACAAUAGUUAAAUUCAAUUUCGAAGAUUUAAGCCUCGAAAAGAUGUGAAGAGUGCAGAGGAUUUGAUCAAAUAAAGAUGAAUGAAAAAGAGCAGAGAAAUGACUUGUUUCUUGAGCAAGAAGUAUCAGAAAAAAACUUUUCCUCUGGCGUGUUAAGAAUUCAUUUGUAGUAAUUUCAUCAUAUAUGUGAUUUUUAUUAUUCCUGUCGAGAAGAAACAAAUUACUUCUUCUUAACAUAUGAUGCAAACUAUAGAUCAAAAAUAUCAAAAGUGUAAUUUACUCACUAGAGAUAUAUCAUUAAUUAUUAAUUUAUUGUCUAAAACAAAA